AUGGCCGUUGAUGGAGCGGCCGGGGCGGCGUCUUCUUCGUCGUCACCGGCACCCUGGGUGUGGGCGACGUCAUCCUUAUCAGAAGGCAUGUAUGAUGUUUUUCUGAACUUUAGAGGCGAGGACACAAGGUACUUAUUCACAGAUUAUCUCUAUCAUGGGCUGGCCGAUGUAAAAAAACUGGAGGUAUUCAGGGAUGAUCCGGGUCUGAAACUAGGUGACGAAAUUAAACCUACUCUGAUGGAAGCUAUUAAAAGAUCUAGGAUUCAUAUUGUUGUGAUGAGUGAAAACUAUGUGUCUUCUUCAUGGUGCCUCCUGGAACUAGAGCAGAUGCUCAAGUAUUACUCCAAGGAUGGAAACAAACGAUCCGUUAUUCCAGUUUUUUAUCACGUGACGCCCGCGGAAAUGAGACAUCAGACUAGCACCAUAUCUAAGAAAGCCAUGAAGAAACAUAAAAAGAGAGAAGGCAAAGACAAGGCGAAAGCGUGGAAGUUGGCUUUAUCUAGAGUUUGCGGGAUAAGUGGAGGACACAUUGUUAAGAAGGGAAAUCGAUGA